AGUUUUGGAUUUGUACAAUAUAUUCAGAGAUUGUAGCGCCAUCACCUAGUAACCGAUCAAUUUGCACUCUUAUCAAAGGAAACUGCAAACAAUUUUUUAAACCAUAUUAAUUUGCAAAAAUAGAUUUUAGAGCUCCACAACGCGCUACUUUCAUGUAAAUCCUUUCACUCUUUCACAAACAUGCCUACACAUGCUCUAAGAAUAGUGCUACAUACUUACAAAACCACUUCCCAUAGCAUUGUUUUUAGGCGCAGACCUUCGGAGAGCUCACCACUCACUGAUCAUUGCGUAUGAGUCAUCGGCAUCUUUGCCGGUUUGCUAUCAACCAACAACGGCCCGAACAAGCUGCUUAACAGCCAACCAAUUAACCACUUACACAUUUCUUUACUAACCAGUUGCCGCGUACACGUAACAGAAUACAAAAACAAUAACAAAUUUACAGGGAAAAAACUAAAAAGAAAAGACAAUCAUAUUUGUUUGUGUGCGUGAUGACUUCGUGACGUGCCGCACAACGACACAUUUUACUUCUUUUAAUAAUUAUUUGUUGGCUGUUAAGGUGCGAGUAAACAAAUCAUAAAAGCUGUUUUCGUUGCCAUUUUAGAAAAGUUUCAAAAUAAUAUUGCCAUAAAACAGAUAAAGUAAAAUAAAUAGAGAAAUCAAAUAAAAGUUUACAAAAAUUACGUGCAAAACCAACAACACACAACGGAAAUACACUUCAGUGCGAAAAAUACAUAGUAAAAGCAUAACAGGCGCGCAUAAAUAAACUCCUGCUGCCGACAUGCCUUUCGGUUCUACUGCAAGUGCACUGGCAUUGCGCUUUGCCUCACUGCUGCUGCCGACUUCGUUGGCCGUCGCCAAGGCAGCUUCGGGUGGCAAAACGGCUGCCAGCAAGGAUUGCCAUGGCAGGAUCUGUAAACCAGUUGAAGAGUACUGCUCGAACUUUCUCGAAGGCUGUGAUCAAUGUGAACCCAUCUGUAAUCCGGAAUCGCAAAAUUUUCAUGCGGAUACCUGCGAAAGGGAAUGUGCCGAUUACAAAAUAUACGAUCCGCUCAAAGCCGAAAUACACAGCAUACACGAACAACAAAAUACCAUAUUGAUCCUGUUGAUCGUGCUACUCACGCUCAUCGCUGUACGCUACAUCUACAAAUGCAUAUGCUGGCUGCGACGCAAACGUUUCUGUGCGCUGCUGCUAAAGAAGCUGCACAAACACCAUGAAGCAGCCGGCGCUGGGGUGAACAGCAAAGACAUGGUCAUCGGUGCGACAAUACCGAAUGUGAUGGCCAUAAAUGGCGCUAUGGAGCGGCCGCCAUCGCAGAUCUACAGCGUGACAGGCGCCGAAGGUUCGGUUAUGACGUUAACCACACCAGUGAGUACGCGCUAUCCGGCGGAGAAUAGCACUCCAACAACAACUGUGACGGGCGAAUACUCAUAUGAUAAUCAGGCGCUCGCCGUGACGCCAGUUUCGGAGAAACCAAAUGGUAGUGUGCGUGCGUUUUGAUCCUAUCUAACCUACAAACGUGUGAGUUGUGGUUGUUGUCGAAAUUGUGUUAAGGCAAAGCAAUUUCGAUUCAAUAUUCAAAAACUUAGUGCAAACAUUUUUUGUUAACGCUGAAACUUCUAGUGCCGCAUAAAUUUGAUCUUCAUCGAUCGAUUAGUGGUCUUCACAGUUUAGGUGUUUUAAAAACAAUACAAAAUAUUUUUUUUUUUUUUUUGCAUAUUUGAAGUAAUUAUUGAAAUAGUAUGUAUAUUUGAAAAUCAUAAUAGUGUACGGCAGUGAUGGCACCUUGCCGUUCGCAGCAAUCACAUAAAUGCUCAGCGUGUAUGUAAUUGAUCGUAAGAAUGAUGAUCAUGCGAAAACCCGUUGAAAAUCUCUGACUAUAAUAAUCGCUGAAAUUUCCCCAAAUAUAAUAGAAGCUGCGGUUCAGCUAAGCAAUUUCAUAUCGUAUAUUUAUAUAAUUAAAUUUUUAAAUAUUUUUUUGUCGAUUGCAAAUUUAUUGAGAAUCAUCGAUGACUCGUAUAUUGGCGUGUUGACGUUCAUCACAUACUCAUGUACUUAAAGUUAGUAAUUUAUUUAGUUUUAAAAUAAUGAAAAAAAGAGAAGAUAUUAAUUGAACUAGCAACGAAAACAUCAUUGAGAAAGUAUUGAACAGCUGGCUAAGUACUAAAGUAUGAUUGUACAAAUUAAAUUAUCGAUGUAAAUCCCAAAAAGUACUGACUAAUAACGAUUUUUUUGUGUUGGUUCGAGAUAUUGAUUUGAUUUAAUCAAGCACUGUAAAACAUCACGUCCAUUAUGUAAGUGAUAUUUAUUCUUUAAAAGUAGUGAGUAAGUUUUGCUUCCAUUUUAAAUACUAUGUACUUACGGAUAAGCAAUAUAUUAGAUAUAACAGAUAUUUUAAUAAAAUUAUACUCUUUGAUUAA